AGAAACAGCUGACCGCUUGAGGUUAUAAUCUUUCUGCGUACAUGUGUCGUUCUCAUUUCGUUGUUGAACGAAAGGUCCAAGUUGAUUGCAAAAGUGUUGUUUAGUGCGAUACAUCGAGACAUGUUUCGUAUCGGAGCCAAGUGCUUCUUUAGCGGCAGAAAUUUUAGUACGAAAGUGAACGAAAUCGGCAAUCUUGUUAAAAAAAGUAAGGUAGUCGUCUUUAUGAAAGGCAUUCCAGAAGAGCCAAGAUGUGGAUUCAGCAAUGCGGUAGUUCAGAUAUUACGAAUGCACGGUGUUACUUAUGAUGCUCACGAUGUUCUUAAAGAUGAAGAGCUUAGGCAAGGUAUAAAAGACUUUUCUAAUUGGCCCACAAUACCUCAAGUAUUUAUAAACGGUGAUUUUGUGGGUGGCUGCGACAUACUCUUAGAAAUGCACAAGAACGGCGAGCUUGUUGAGGAAUUGAAGAAAGUGGGAAUCACUAGUGCUCUUUUGAAAGAAGACUCUACUCCUGUAAAUAAAUAGCUAUGUCUUGUCAAUAGAAGGCUAGUCCCUUAAUUUUUGUAACAAUAAACAGUUUGGUUAAUGUUAA